AUCAUUACGGAUUUUGUUUUGCAAAUUUCAAAGACCCUUUUACAGAUAGGUAAGGUAUCUCUUCCGUUCCGUUCAAAUCAAAACCACAAUCAUUCAUUCCUUCGUUCAUCUCUACAAAGCCACAAUCAAAACCACAAUUCGGUGCAAACAACAAUUUUCCAUGUUCUGAACCGAGUCAAUAGUGGACUCGGCGAGUCGCUUUCCGUAUCUGUUUCUCAAUCUCAAGAAGCUCAAACAUGCCGACGACAAGGUCCCCGAGCCCUUCUUCUGAGGAUAUCGUCGAUUCGACACCGCUUCUGGCCAAUUCUGGCGGUUCCUCUGAGGAGCUCACCGCCAGCCGUCGAUUUGCUCGCCGGCAGAGGCUACGGCAGGCGGCGAGGUUCCUCCGGCAGGCGAGCGGGCGCAGAAUGAUGCGCGAGCCAUCGAUGCUGGUCCGCGAGGCGGCGGCGGAGCAAUUGGAGGAGAGGCAGAGCGAUUGGGCGUAUUCGAAGCCGGUGGUUGUUCUGGACAUCGUUUGGAACUUCGCGUUCGUGGUUGUGGCGGGGACCGUGUUGGUUUUGAGCGCGAGCGAAGCGCCGGGGAUGCCUCUGAGGUUGUGGAUUUUAGGGUACGCUAUGCAAUGCGUUCUUCACAUGGUUUGCGUUUGCGUGGAGUAUAAGAGGAGGAGGAGGAACCAACGCGACACCGCGUCGGUUUCAGCGCAGGACAGAGUUGGGAGCAGCAGUGGAAAUUUGAGUUCAUCUUCGAGGGAGGGUUCUGCUUCUGGCUCUGCGCAGUAUGUGUCGUUGGGGCAACUCGAUGAGGAGGGUACUAGUGUUGCAAAGCAUUUGGAAUCAGCCAAUACAAUGUUUUCAUUUGUUUGGUGGAUUAUUGGAUUCUACUGGGUAUCAGCCGGUGGUCAAGAAUUAGCCCAAGAUUCUCCUCAGCUUUACUGGCUAUGCAUAAUUUUCCUGGGUUUUGAUGUUUUCUUUGUUGUUUUCUGUGUUGCACUGGCGUGUAUCAUUGGUAUCGCUGUUUGCUGUUGCCUGCCAUGUAUCAUUGCACUUCUAUACGCAGUUGCAGACCAGGAAGGAGCAUCAAAGGAAGACAUUGAGCAGUUGUCAAAAUUUAAAUUCCGGAGAAUUCAAAGCAAUGAGAAAUUUACCGGAACUAUACAGGGGCCUGUUGGAGGAAUAAUGACUGAAUGCCACGCUGAGUCACCUAUGGAACAUGUUCUUGCCGAGGAGGAUGCGGAAUGUUGCAUCUGCCUUUCCUCUUAUGACGAUGGGGUUGAGUUAAGAGAACUUCCUUGUGGUCACCAUUUUCACUGUGUCUGUGUGGAUAAAUGGCUGUAUAUUAAUGCCACUUGCCCUCUCUGCAAGUAUAACAUCUUAAAAAGUAGCAACCUCAGUCAAGAGGAGGUGUAGAAGAUUGAGUCAGGAAAGUUUUUAGCGGCCAUGUUGAGGAAUCUGGAUACUUUUGAUUCACGGUAUAAUAGGCACAGCUUGUUAAAUACACUUUGACACAGUCUUAUACAGUUGCUGCUGCUGUGUACUGUUAUCAUGCAUCGAUAGCUGUUUUGAUUAUUUGCAGUUACUGUUGUGGCUUCUAACUGGUUGUGUAUAUCAGUUCUUUAGUGCAUACAGGGUAAAAUUCUCUUGAGAGGGAAUUUGAUUGUCAUUUUUAUAGCGGUUUAUAUAGGCAUCAUUGGUAUUGUUGUAAUGGACCUAAAAUGUCUUGCCCAAAAGCCACGGUGGAAUGGUUUGUCAUGUCUCACUCAGUACAUGUUACGAAAACCUUGUGUUCA